UUAAAUUAAACAAACUAUUAAAAUAAUAUAAUCGAUAUUUUUUUUUCUUCAAUUUUUAAUUGUUGUUUAUGCAGCUGUACCUAAAUAUGUUAUAGUUCUAUGAUUAUUAUUCCAACUACGGAAACCGAAACCAGACACGAUGGUGUACAGCGCUGGAGAAAUAGAAAACGUUCGAGUGGCCGUUCGAUUGAGACCUCUGAGCAAAAAAGAAAAAGCUUCAGGUUGUGUCCCGGUCGUGUUAGCCGAUUCCGAGAACGCAGCUGUUUAUGUUCAAAACCCGAAUCCUGAACAUGUCGGGCCACCAAAAACUUUUAUGUUCGAUCUUGUGUUUAAUUCGGAUUCAAAACAAUUAGAUGUGUACAAUGAAGUCGCAAGACCGAUUGUUGAUAAAGUAUUUGACGGGUAUAAUGGAACAAUAUUCGCUUAUGGCCAAACGGGUACAGGAAAGACGUUUACUAUGGAAGGAUCACAUACGUCUCCAGAGCUCAACGGAAUAAUCCCCAAUUCUUUUGCUCAUAUAUUUGGUCAUAUUGCUAAAGCGAAAGGAGAUAUUAAGUUUUUAGUGAGCGUUUCUUACUUUGAAAUUUACAAUGAAGGCGUUUAUGAUCUGUUGAGCAAACAUGUAUCGACCGAACUGGACGUAAAAGAAAGGCCAGAUAUUGGUGUGUACGUUAAAGAUUUGUCGACAUAUGUGGUGAAUAAUGCUGAUGAUAUGCACCAACUAUUGAUGACUGGCAAUAAAAACCGUGCGACAGCUUCGACGGCAAUGAAUUCGGAAAGCUCUCGUUCUCAUGCUAUUUUUUCAAUUUCUAUUGAAACCAGUCGACCAGACGCUAGAGGAGAAUAUCACGUUAAAGUUGGACGACUUAGAUUAGUUGAUUUGGCAGGUUCUGAACGACAAUCCAAGACUGGAGCAUUAGGUAUUCGUUUCAAAGAAGCGACCAAAAUCAAUUUAUCACUUUCCACAUUGGGCAAUGUGAUUUCAUCGUUAGUCGACGGCAAGUCCACUCAUAUUCCGUACCGUAAUUCAAAACUAACACGUAUACUACAAGAUUCUUUAGGAGGCAAUUCUAAAACUGUUAUGUGCGCUACUAUUGGUCCGGCUGGAUUUAAUUAUGACGAGACGAUUAGCACAUUACGAUAUGCCAACCGAGCUAAAAAUAUUCAGAACACAUCUAAAGCAAACGAAGAUCCAAAAGAAGCGUUGCUCAGACAGUUUCAAUUGGAAAUAGAAGCUUUGAAAAAACAAAUUGACGAUAGUAGCAAAGGGCUCAGCGAAGCUGAAGGAGAAGAAGACAAUGCCGCCGAGGAAGAAGAAGGGCUGGUCGUUGGAGUUUCCGAGAAAGUUACCAGCGCUGUACAAAGUAAACGGGAGGAACUGGAUGCAGCGCGACAAGAAAUGAUAAGACUGAAGGAAAAGUUGGAAAACAUGGAAAAAAAAAUUAUUGUCGGCGGUGAAAACCUCUUGGAGAAAUCUGUGGCACAAGAGAAACUGUUGGAAGAUUCUGCAAAAGAGCUGUUGGACAGGAAAUCGAGGCAAAUGAACUUGAAUAUGCGUUUGCAAGAAGUGCAGGCCGAAAAAAUGGAUACAGAGGACAAGUACAGCGGUUUGCAAGAAAGGUCGGGCGCGUUGACGAAAAAACUUAAGAAAUUAUCGGCUGCCAUUUUGGCGGUCAAAGAAGACCUGAAGGACACGGAAGACGAGAGAAAAAGAGAAAUAGUUGAGUUGAAAGAAAUAUCAAAACAGACUACUAAAGAAUUGAAAAUGCAAGAGGUUAUCAUCGAACACUUUGUGCCCGAUGAAUAUUUGGAUUUAAUAAAGAAAAACUCAUUCUGGAACGAAGAAAUCGGAGAAUGGGAACUAAGAUGUGUAGCUUAUACGGGAAAUAAUAUGGCCAAAGAAUUACCCAAUGAAGACACUAUUUUUGAGUCACACAGACCAGAUUUUUCACACGUAUACUUGACGUACAAAGACAGAGGUCUGUCGACGAGGUCCAAAUCGAGAACCGGUAAACGGACGUAAUUGUGAUACCAAUACAUUACUCUACAUUCCUAGUCAAAGAAUUGAAUCUAUAUAUCACCUUCUUUUCUACUGCAUGAGAAAAAUGCUUAUUUUUUUUUUUUACAAAUACAACUUAUUUAUUUUUUUUACAAUACCAUUAUCUUGCACAGAUAAUGUAUGUAUAUAUAUUAAUACUAAUAAAUAUAAUUACAAUAUGCAUUUAAUGUAUAAUAUUAGAUGUGUAAUUUACUGUUCAAUUUAAAUAAUAAUCUAUUUCCGAUUGGAAAAAUCAUUUCUUAAAAAUACAUUUGAUAUAAACUACUAACAUUAAAAACAUA